GUUGUCAUAAAAUAACCAAGUUGAGGUGAUAUUAAAAAUUUGAUUUGUUUAUCCAUAUUUGCACAUCGUUGAUACAAUAAAAAUACUAUCGCAAAUACCGUGAAAUCACUAUUAUUCGUUUAAGAUCGUAGAAUGUCGUAAUCUACUGUCCACAAAUGCCCACCAACUCCCACGAUUUUGUAAAGCGCAAACACCGCGAAUACAAACAGUGUGGCAUUGAAACAAUUCACUACGUCUCGUUCAGUCAUCGCGCUCGGUAAUUACGAUUAAUCAAGCCAGCCGGUGCAACCUAAUAUCAAAAAUGUUAACGUCGCAGACAUUAAAAUUAAACAAUGGACGUGAAAUGCCCAUUGUUGGGCUAGGCACCUAUAAGUCUGGUACAGGAGAAGUUGAAAGAGCUGUGAAAGAUGCCAUUGACUGUGGCUACAGACACUUUGACUGUGCCUGGUUCUAUGGCAAUGAGGAUGAAAUUGGUAAGGCAAUCAAGGAUAAAAUCAAUGAAGGAAAGGUGAAACGCGAGGAUUUGUUUAUCACAAGCAAGUUGUGGAAUAAUUUUCAUGCCAAGAAUAAAGUUGUGCCUAUGCUAAAGGAGACUCUACAGUCACUGCAAAUGUCAUAUAUUGAUUUGUAUCUGGUUCAUUGGCCUUUUGCAUUUAAAGAGGAUGUUUCUCUGUGGCCUAUAAAUGAUGGCAAGGCAGCAUAUAGUGAUAUUGAUUAUUUGGAGACCUGGGAGGGUAUGCAGGAAUGUGUCAAUCUUGGCCUUGCUAAAUCAAUUGGUGUUUCCAAUUUUAAUCAGUCACAAAUUGAGAGGCUUGUUGCAGCAGCUACAAUCUUACCUGCAGUCAAUCAAGUUGAGUGCAAUCCUAACUUAAACCAGAAGCCUUUGAUUGCCGCAUGUAAACAACAUGGAAUUGUCAUCACUGGAUACUGUCCACUUGGACGAAGUGAAAAUGCAGGCACUCCUGGUUUUCCAGAUCCUACCAUUAAUGAUCCUAAGGUUAUUGAAAUGGCAAAGAAAUAUAACAAAAGUCCUGCACAAGUUGUGCUCAGAUAUCUUGCUUCUUUGGGUGUAUCUGUCAUUCCAAAAUCGGUGACAAAGUCGCGUAUUCAAGAAAACAUUAAUAUCUUUGAUUUUGUUUUACAUGAUGAUGAUGUGGCUUACUUGGACUCAUGCAAUAAGAACAAAAGAGUUUGUCCUUUGACUUAUUAUGCUGAUCAUCCACAUUAUCCUUUCAAUGAUGAUGUUUAAAGAACAAAAUGUUUAAUUUUCUAAGCACUUGUGAAAAUUUGUUACAAAUAUUUUCUAUUACAAUGUUAUCUAAUAAUUAUUGUUAACAAAAUCUACUUUAUUGCUUGUAUAUGAAGAAUAGGAUGAUGGAAGCAAAUAAAACAACUGGAAAAUAA